AUGAUGUUCAUACAAUUCGUUGUGGUUCUAUUCGUUAUUCAACGUAGUAAUGGGGUUACUAGUCCCGUUUCGCCGUUCACGACUUAUCAACAUACAGUUGAACUUCAACCAAAUGUUUCUGAUCUUUGGUGGACAAUCAAUGAAACAAAUCAAACGAUUCUCUUCGAGUUACAUAUCAAAACAACCGGAUGGAUUGCCUUAGGCAUUAGUCCAACCGGAGGAAUGGUCGGUGCUGAUAUUGGUGUUGGAUGGGUUGAACAAAAUGGAACAGUGCGCUUCCUAGAUGAAUAUGCAAAAACAUUUACACUACCAUUACUAGACAACAGCACUGAUUGGUUUGCUUUGCAAGGUCGAGAACAGAAUGGCUGGACUGCCAUUCAGUUUACGCGUGCUCUUGAUACAUGUGAUUCUAUGGAUGUAGCAAUUCAACCUGGCACUAAUCAUCUAAUCUUUGCAUAUGGUCUGGCAGAUCCAACUUGGAAUACCACUAGUAAUCCUAUAACUUACCAUGAAACUCGCAGAGGUUCAUAUUCACUAUCUCUGCGAUCAUACAGUGAUCCACCAUUGGAAAGCAAAUUCGCUAAAUCGAAUUACUUUGAUUUUCGAAUAAACAACUAUACUAUUCCAGCACAAGACACCACGUAUUACUGUAAAGUUUUCAGAGCACCAGCUAAUUAUACUACAAAGCAACACGUUAUCGCCAAUAAAAUGUUACUCAGUUCUACUGAUAUAUCAAAAAUUCAUCAUUUAUUGAUGUAUGAAUGUGAUUCGACAGUUACAUUCAACGAUUCAAAUCUACCGAGUGACAUAUGUGAGAAUAUUUACAACAAAAUCGGAGCUUGCAUGUCAAAUAUUGCUACUGGUUGGGCUGUCGGCGGAGAUGUGAUGUCUGAAUUUCCUUCGGAUGCCGGUUAUCCAAUCGGUGGUAAUGCCACUGUUAAAUACUAUGUCGUUCAAAUGCAUUAUACUAACUCAGAUUUAUGCACAAAUUGUCAGGACAGUUCCGGUAUUCGAUUUUAUGUAACUGAUGAACUGCGAAAAUAUGACAUCGGUUAUCUAACAUUUGGAACAGAUACAGAUGCACUUGGUUUAACAAUUCCACCACAAGUUGAAACGUUUUCCGUCGAUACUUAUUGCCCAGCGUCAGCAACUGCACUUUUCCCAGCUAGUGGAAUUACUAUAAUAAACGCCUUUCCACACACGCAUCUGCAAGGAAAAAGUAUAUGGACAAAAAUCAUUCGAAAUAAAACUGCUGUUGGAUACCUAUUCGAUGCUGAAACAUAUGAUUUCAAUUAUCAGUUUAACAAUCGUCUUCCGAACCGAAUAACGAUCUAUCCUGGUGAUGAGUUCAGUACACGUUGCGUUUACAACACAAUGAACAAGAAUAUAACGACAUUUGGCGGUGAAAGAACAGUAGAUGAAAUGUGUCUUCAUAUGUUCACCUAUUUUCCUCGCAUGGAGAAUAUGUCUCUAUGUCUAUCGGUGAUUUACCCAGUAGCUUGGAUGAAUUUCUUAGGAAUAAACACCGCUUUGAAUCAAACUGCAGCUGCUGUGGAAAAGAUAGCUUCGAACAUGACUUGGACAUCAAACAUGACCACGAAAUGGCAAAAUUUCUAUAACAAUGCUACGCGUAUCACUGUGUUCGGACGUGGAAGAAAUGCACAACAUGCGAUGGUACCAAGUGUGUCAGACUAUCGUGAUUUGCAAAAAACCGCGUGUGUUCCGAGAGGAAGUAUUGUCAAUACAUCCAGUGCUAUACGGACAAUCCAUUUUGGUAUAUGGCAUGUACUAAUCAUAAGUAUUUCAGUUCUUUCAUUUUUAACUAAAAUGAAUAGUCAACACAUGAAAUGA